AUGACGAACUCCGCUGCCAUUGUUACGAUCGAGAGAAAUACCAAGAAGAUCAAGGUAAUGGAUGCAAGAUUGAUGCGACAUGGCGAAAUUGCCGACCUGGGUGGAUUUGGUGCGCAGAGCAAGUAUCUCGAGCGAGAUCUCGCAUCGGGAGGUGCGCUAUUUAAGCUCUCUGGGAGAGAUGGUGCAUAUAGAGGCAUGGGGUCUAGGUGCUCCACAGGAGGGGGACUUUUCGAAUGGAGGGCCGUUGGCGAAAGAGCCUCGCUCGCCUGCUUGGGAAGUGCGGAAGAUGCCAGAAAUGCCGGGAUCUGGGGCCAGCAAGGCGUCUAUGUUAUGCGCCCGAGAGUUGCUGCUUCCUGUCCCUUAUUGGCCCCCAUAAAAUUUGUUGCUUGA